CCGCCCGUGUGGUUCAGGGAGUUAUAUCGGUUGCACCCACUAAAGCCAAACAAUCGGGCUAGCUUGUAGCCAGUAAGCUUGCCCUGAUGGCUAGCCAGUAGCUUAGCUUGUCUUUUCGUGGAAUCUGUUGUCAUUCGUGCAAAUCUGCGGACGAUGGCGGAGGCCGGCGGAGGCCUGGAUCCGGCCAGCUUGCCCCCGGGGGACCCGCAGCUCAUUGCCAUGAUCGUGGAGCACCUGAAGAACCGAGGCUUGUUCGACGAGUUCCGACGAGACUGCCUGGCGGACGUUGACACCAAGCCGGCCUACCAGAACCUCCGUCAGAAGGUAGACAAUUUUGUGACGACGCACCUGAGCACUCAGGAGUGGAAGCCGUCCAUCAACAAGAACCAGAUGAGGAACGGACUCAGACAAAGCGUGGUCCAGUCAGGCAUGUUGGAGUCGGGGGUUGACCGGAUCAUCACUCAGGUUGUGGACCCAAAGAUGAACCAUACCUUUAGACCGCAUAUCGAGACGGCCAUCCAUGACUUCAUUUCAGGAGAAAAGAAGGAUGACAGUGCCGUUGGAGCUUCAGAGCAACCAGAACCAUCUGAGGGACCCAAAACACCUUUAAUCAUCAAUAUUAGAGACAGAACUUGCACACAGUCCAGUUGUCACCUUGAGCGCGUGCGCGUCACUGCUGCUGCUGUGCCAUUGGCUGUCGCUCUGGUGACCGCUCACAGUCGGCCCGUGAGCGCGCGAAGAUAUAUAAAAAGCGCGACCGCUACUAGCGCAAGGGGAAAAACACACAAGACUCGGAGCACGGUGGACCCUCGCCGGAAGCGCUUGCAUGAGCGCAACAUGGACAGACAUGAGCAGCUGCUGCAUUUUUUUCUUCUUGCGGUUCUGCUGCUCCCCUCGAGCCUAUACGUCUGCGCCUCGGAACCCUCCCGUGACGUCACGGAUAAGCACGUUCCGAAACGGCGACUGACUCUGCAGGGCACAGUGGACAUCCAGAGCUGCCUGGCGACUUCAGGCGAGGCCGGCUGCGAGACCUUUCGGUGCUUGGACAACACCUCAUGCAAGAUCGACGGCCUGCAUCGCAUCUGCGUCACGCUGCUCCAGCACGCCGGACGAUACGAGGCCCAGGGCAAGUGGCGGGUGAAGGAGUCUCUCCGCUGCCUGUCUUCGGGCCUCCGUCAGCGGCUAAGCUGUGCCGGUCGGCGCUGCGCGGCCGUGAAGGAUUUGCUCUCGGCGCUGCAGAGGGAAUGCUUCGCCAAACAUCAGCUGUGUCUCGCAGUUCGGGACCACGAGGACACCCUGGGGAGCUUGGUCCAUUUCCACCUGCUUUUCCCACCGGGGCCGCACACCGAGCUCAUCAACUUCCUGUUGAGGUGCGGCGACGACGUGGGUCCCUGGGUGGCACGCCGCCUCCGAGCGCAAUGCCGAGACCACUGGGGGGCGCUGUGCGACAUCCUCGCCGUCACCUGCACCCGCAACCGCACCAGCACCGAGCCAACCGUAGCCGGACAACUGACGUCUGACAAUGUCACCAGGCAUUAAUAGUGAUGUUGAGAUUUUGAGUGACGUUUCAGAACGAACAGAACCUGUGACGUUGAAUUAAACUCGAAAGUUUCCACCCCGCCCGACAAUAAGCGCCCACCCGCAUCCAGGAAGUGGUUUAAAAAAAUCAAGACUCUUUCAAACACACACUGAAUGUUUUUGUUGUACAAUAAACUUUUACCUCCGCCAAUUAACUUGUACCUGUAAAUGGAACAAGCCUCAAUUGUGUUGAUCCUAUCUUUGAAUCUGUCGGAUGAUGUCUUCACGCCUAUUUUGGAAAUUCUGUGCUUUUGACGGCUGUGCGCGUGCAGGACACUUAAAUGGAAGCCGGUGACGUCAUUGCCGGAGCAAAUGACUGGCAUCGAAACCGGAAAAACGAGUUUGGAAACAUUCUUGCAGCUGGAAGUGUUCUUAAAGUGAUUCACCUGCUUGUCGUUCCUUCAUUUGAGUCGCGAUGAACUACUCGAGGCAGCAGCCCCCCGCCUAUCGGGACCCGGACUUCUCUGCAGACUUUUCGGAACUGAACUGGCGUCUUCGUCCCAAUCCGCGCAUGAGCGCCACCGAACAGCUGUACUGCUCCCUCAGCAGGUUACCGUCCAAAUCGAGCCGGCCAGUUACCGACAAGCCACUCCGCCGAACUGCUUCGUUCUCGGAGA